CCGUGUAGAAGAACAGUCAGUUGUCUGUGAUAGAAGGUGUCUGCCUGGUCACCGCCGCGGCAAGUCUGCCCCGAAGACACCCACCCUUCCCCGGGUACCUCGACCAAAACUUUUCCACCCCCCCCCUGGUGUUCUCGGCCCGCGGUGUUCGGCCAUGGCGACGAGCGCGAAGCGAAAGCAGGAGGAGACUCAUUUGAAGAUGCUCCGGGAAAUGACCAGCCUGCCCGCGAAUAGGAAAUGCUUCGACUGCGACCAGCGCGGCCCGACCUAUGUCAACAUGACGGUGGGCUCCUUCGUCUGCACCACCUGCUCCGGCAUCCUGCGAGGACUGAAUCCUCCACACAGAGUGAAGUCCAUCUCUAUGACCACGUUUACACAGCAGGAAAUUGAGUUUCUACAGAAACACAGCAAUGAGGUCUGUAAACACAUCUGGUUAGGCCUCUAUGACGACAGGACAUCAGUUGUUCCAGAUUUCCGAGAACCACAGAAAGUAAAAGAGUUCCUUCAGGAAAAAUACGAAAAGAAAAGAUGGUAUGUUCCUCCAGACCAGGCAAGAGCAGUAGCAAGCGUCCAGGCCUCUGUGUCGGGCUCCUCAGCCAGCAGCACUGGCAGCACCCCAGAAGUGAAACCUCUUAAAACCCUGCAGCUCAACAAAACACCUCUGCGCCAGUCUCCAGGGCUAAGUCGUUCGCAAGCUCACAGCGCCGCUCAGGAGAAGAAGUUUGACUUGCUCUCAGAUCUGGGAGGAGACAUCUUUGCUGCUCCACCCACUCAAACUGCCAGCUCUUCCAACUUUGCCAACUUUGCACAUUUUCCAAGCCAGUCGGCACCUCAGGGUAAUUCAAACACCAACUUUGCCAACUUUGAUGCAUUUGGAAACACUGCAAUUCCAUCCCAUCUGAGCACGUCACCCCCCUCAAAGUCCUUUUCAUCAGGCGGAGGUGUGCCAAUCCCGUCAGUGUCUAGUGCCGUCCCUACUCAGUCCCACACAGGGAGUUGCUCAGAGGACCGCUAUGCUGCUCUGGCUGAGUUAGACAACAAGCUCAGCUCCUCUGUGUCCUCAGGCAGUGGGAACAUUUUUGGACCAGUGCUUGGUUCAUCGCCAGCCCAGAAUGCACCUGUGUUACCCACACUGCAGCCUGGCUUCGGAGCCAUCCCAUCCACAAAUCCCUUUGUUGCUGCAGCUGUUGCCCCGGAGAUGGCCACCAACCCUUUCCAGACCAAUGGCAGAGCUCCAGCUGCAGCCUCCUUUGGUACUGGCUCUAUGAGCAUGCCCGCCGGCUUUGGGAGUGCGUCUUCCUACUGCCUCCCGACCAGUUUCAGUGGAAACUUCCAGCAGCAAUUCCCCGGCCAGGCCCCCAUCCCUUACGCUCAACCGGGGGCCUACCACCCUCAGUCUAAUGGCCCUGCAUUCCCAGUCUACAGUCAGAACAAGCCCUCCAUGACGCCCUUUGGGCAGCCAAUGACUGGCCCUGGCAUGUCCAAUAACCCCUUCAUGGCGGGUGCUCCAGCCGGGUCAUUUCCUUCAGGGGGUUCAUCCACCAAUCCUUUCCUGUAGCACAGCCCCAGGUUCUCACCACCAGAGGGCAGCAUGCAGCACAUACGCAACUCACCGUUCCACACAAAUAGUGGCCGUACAUUUCUUAAAAAAAGACUCAUAAAAACGUUUACAACACUAUGAAGGAGUACAAAGGACUAUAUUGAAGCCUAAUGGACUGUUAUGCAGGGUCUAUUAUUUGGACUAUAUACAUUAUAUGCUUUUUAUUUUUUGUUUAUGACUGUAAGCUCUGUGCAUAUCAUUUGUAAUCGCAAUUAAGUAGAUGUUACGUAUAACAAAGACUGAGUUAAAAAAAAAGGUGAGUAUACACACACCUUGUGGGGAAAAAAAAA